AGGACAGGAAAGCAAUUCUCGCGCGACGCAGAUGAACGCCGUUGAACUGACGUGAUUCCAAAUAGUCCCUGUAUAUAUGUGUGCCUGCGGCGGGUGACGUCCUAAGGUUGCUAUUCUGGUAUCGUCUACUGGCCUCCCACGCGAUUCCAUCACCAGCCAACGUUGCAAAUGGAAAUUCUGGCCUGGUAUGGGGGUCAAAGAUGUCCGCCGGAAACGUAGCGGAUACACCGUCGACACGCAUUUGCCAACGGUCUGGGCAUUAUUAUAGCGUUUCGUUGUUGCCUGUCCUGCGGAACAGUCUCGUCAGCAGGAUCUUCCCCUUCCUCUGACUGGGCAUGCUCAGUUGAUGAUCCAGAGCCAGAGGGGUGCCAAGCAAGCAACCCCUGCAAGGCCUCAGUCCUGCACAGUCAGCUAGUCUGACAGCAUUGCUGACAUUCACUGCGUCGUGGGCUUUGCAGGAGUGACACGUGUUUCAUCGCUGGACGUGGAGUCAUUUCUUUUUCCAGCACCGGAAAUGGCCUGUGAGGAAAAUCAGGAACCAUGGGAGGCAGAUUUUUCGAAUGAAGAGAGUUUUCGACAGUGCGUAGACAACUUGCUGGACUGCGGGGAUGGUGCUCUGGAUAAUCGACAUUCUUCGAUGAGCAACGAAAGUCUCCCAUUGGAAAGAAUGGCUCCACUCGGAGCUUCUGCCACUGACACGGAAGAUUUUCCUGAUUGUGUUGAAAGCAUUUUCGAGGAAAAGGCGGAUCAACUACUGAAGGAAUCUCGUUUGCAAGUUUUGGAAGAAGAGCAAGAGCAACUUAUUUCCUCUCUGGUUCAACUGACUACCCACUUCGCACAAGUACAAUUCAGGCUACAGCAAAUAACGGAAGCCCCGGACAACUUAAAACAAGAUUUGCUGAAAGAGCUAGAGGAGUUUGCAUCGAGAGGAAUUCCUGAUGUCCGAGGAUUACUGAAAGACACUAUCCGAGAAAACCUCGUGAUGAAAGAGAAGAGCCUCAAAGCGAUGCAGCGCUUGCUGGAUUUUCUGCACAUUUUUGCAGCAGGGCAAUUCGGCUGCGCUGCCGAUCCGUUCAGGAAAAACAUUUUGAAGCAAACAGCAGCCGGGAACCAUUGGGGUGAUAAACGAGCUGCCCUGCAACUUUCAAUCGAAAAACUCUCGAAGUAUGCGGAAAGAUGCAAACGUCGAGCAGCGGAAACUGCUGGAUACAACUCAGAUGCAGACGAAGCCCUGACAACAUUGAAUUCGGAGUUGCUGGUGAGCGCAGUGAGGAAAAGCUUUGCACCAGCGCUGCGAGACCUGAUGCAUCACGGAUUGAUGAAGCAUUUCACCCCGUCUACAGCCCUCGUGCCCUGGACGGGCUGCUUCUCUCGACGAAGCAUCAAAGUACAACCCCAAGUACUACACGCGUGGGACCUACUCCUCGCAUACUAUGACAUCAAGCGCGGCCCUUCGUACAAUGCAACGCCGCAAAGGAAACUUUCCGAAAGCUUCGGGCUCGACAUUGUUGGGGGCAAGGCUGUGACCACCAAGCAAACAUUGUUGUCAGCCAUCGGGAAAGUUAUUGCUUCGCACACACCUCUGAAGCGAUCGCCUGACGCCCACUUCAAGGCGUUCAUUUGCGAAGCUCUCAAAAAAUUGGCGUGCAAUUCCAGGAAAUUUUAUGUUCUCGUAGGCUUUGAAGACGCUCUGCGGGCCAUGGAAAAGCUGCAAGGCUAUGACUUUGAUCUUCCCGUGGACUUCGCUAUACAGCAGCUUCGGAAUAUCAAAGACGCCUUCUGA